CGUGCCGCCAUUCGCAGCCUCGACUGUCAAUCACUGAGUCCCAGCCGGUGAUUACAUGGCAGCACCCGGUGAUCGCUGAGUAUCACCGGCGGGGGGAGAGAACUGUAUGUAAAACAACACAGUUCUCUCCUUUGUCAGCUCCAGCACACUGCUUUGUAUGGUUCUGCAUAGCAGAGCCAGUGGAAAGCACAGACACAUCCCCAUAGUAAUACAGCACACAGUGAACCCUUUGAUCGCCCCAGAUGUUAACCCCUUCCUGCCCAGUGCCAUUAGUAUAGUGCCUGUGCUUUUUAUUAGCACAUUAUCACUGCAUUGGUGUCACUGAGGAUGUCAGUGACACCAAAUCAAUUCCCCCCAGUGUCAGAAUGCCCGCCGCAGUCCCGCUAUAAGUAGCUGA